UGAAAUAUAUGAGCCUAUGGGGGCCAUUCUCACUCAAACCACCAAGUCUGGGGACUGAACCUGUUGGUUUCAUAUGUGCUAGGUAGGUACUGAAUUUCAUUUCCAUUCCCUAGAGAUUAGCUAAGACUUUAGGAUGACACAAAGCUUAUCAUUUGUGAGCAUACACAUGCUUGCCAGCCUCAUGCAAGUGUGAUGAUCCAUGUGCUUUUGAGUGCAGACUUUUUGUAGAGCUUUUGUUUCUUGGUAGGAGUCUCCAAUCCCUGUUAGCCGUUGACUCCUGGGAAUCCAAAUUGACACCUUAGCUUGUGAGUAUGCCCCUGUCCCUAAAAGGGGUCCAAACUUUGUCUCCAUUCUGACAAGGUCCUCUUGUCUGGGGAGAAAACCUUCUAUUCUCCACCCUCAUACUCACGAUUUGUAUAAUAUUCUGUUAAAUUUAGGCAGAAAGGGGCUGCCCUGGGACCAGAGCUUUAGGGAAUCCUACUUUGUCCUUUGUCUGUGUCCUGCUUGACAAGUGAGAAGAAUUCCAGAAGCUAAGGAGCCAUGGCCACCCAGAGCCAACUCCCUAUCCUAGGAUCAGGAGUUCAAGUCAUAUAUGGCCACCUUUGGCCAUAUAAGGAGUUCAAAGUCACCUGGGUUACAUGAGAUCUUGACUUAGAAAAUUAAAACCCAAGUAAACAAAAAACCUAGAUCUAAUGGUCCACUUGUGUUACUGGCGGGGCUCCUAGAAGGCACCUGCAUUUGCUUCCAGACAGUGUUAGGUAGAAACAGGACAGUCCUUAUCCUUGAGCUCUGACUCUGGUGGACACCAGUGUGCACAUUGCAGUGGCGUUCUGUGGCUUCACAGAGAAGUAGAUAUUGAAGCCCAGCCAGCUCUUGGCUUUGGGUGAAUCUGGCAACCUGCUGAUGGGAGUGAUGGAGCCCAGCAAAGUGCUAGCACUGAAGAGAUCUCUGGCCAGCCAAAGGGGAUCAAAAAUAAGGGCCCUGCUAAGACCUGGAAAACUACCUCAGCUCCAGGGAGAAGACCAAGGGACAAAUGCCCAAACUGAAAGAGUUAGGAGUAACCACUAGAGUCCUGGGCUAAGGAGCAGAGAGAUCCGCCUAGGGCUGCCUGACCCUGGCCCCGCCUCCCAUAGCCCCACCCCUCCCACCUACUCCCACCCACCAGCGGCCCUGCUCAGCUGCGUGCCGCCGCGUGGGGAGGAAACAGUUUUCCACCAACUUCAAUCCCAGCGCCCUUCUUAGCCACGCGCACAUUUGCCCGCCUUCCCAGACAAGGUUAACGUCCCGUCUCACAUAGCCUCAACCUGUGCCUCCUGAGCCCCUCCCUUGGGAGACAUUGUCUCUGGACUCUUGAUCUGGGAGCCCCCUUCGCCCCUGCUCUGCUCUUUCCCCUUCUCGCAGAGCAGCUUGGGAGUGCGCCCCGUCCCUAAAAGAGGUCUAAUAAACCUCAUCUCCAUUCUGACAAAGUCCUUUCGUCUGAAUUAGCAGCAGCAGGCAUGGCUAGUGCAGAUAAUGCUUAGACCCCCAAACUGUCACCAGCUGGAGCUUUCGGGCACUUCCGCCCCAUCUUACCUAGUGCCUUAAACUAAAUUGGGCGAAUCCCGGGGCGGGGGGUACAGGAAGUAGGACAGGGAUUGGGGCUCCUCCGUCUUGCCUUCACUAGGGAUCUGGAACCCAGUGCAGUGACAGAUCCAGACAGACAUUACCCACCACCCUAUUUCCCACGACAGCUACCCAAGGCAUGCUGGGGCACUCUCCUAUCUCUGCUGCGCUGUUUCCCUCCAUCCAGUGGGAGCUAGCCUGGCCCCUUCUCCUUCACCUCCCCAAAUUCGUGACGUUCCCCCGCUCUCCUUUGCUCACAAACUGCUUCUGGACACUUGUGUUGUUUUUCCUUCAGUGUCCAUGCUUAGACGCCAGCCACUGCUACUGCUGCCAGCAUCAAAUAUUCAUUCUCCACCAUCAGGUUCUGUCAGCAUUCGCCUCCCCAAGUUGAAUUGUUCUUGGGACAAGCACAUGGCUGGCUAAGCUCCUUCAAAUUCUUCAGAUCCUGUAUUUAAUCUAGGAGUAAAGUAACCUGAGAAACCUCAUGGCUUCAGCGGAUCAGCUCCUUUCCAACACAUCAGGAAGGGUCUACCAUAAACUUAGGUCAGCACUAAAGUCUUCUGAUACGUUAGGAGAGAACCUUCAGCAUCAAAAGACACCUCUUCCAGAUGGUUUCCCGGACAAGGAGACUUCUGAGUACGUGGCACUGACAAGCGCUCUGAGCCAGAACAGCGAUCUCCAUCAAAGGACUCAGCAGUUUACUGAGGUGCACCUGGCCAAGCUCCAGACGUUGUUUGAGAAGGAGACAGAUGAGACUGGAGCCGUGGACAAGAAAGCUUUCAUCAGGAUCAUGAAGACGAUGCUAAACAUGUCGGAGGAGAUGCUGGAGGUUCUGUUCUUGAAGGUGGACUCAGACUGCAAUGGCUAUGUCUCCUGGCAAAAGUAUGUGGAUUAUAUGAUGCGCGAGUUCCAGGGCAAGGAGGAGAUGAGGAAGAGUCAGUACCGCCUGCGCUUCCACCUUCCCAUGACGGUCAUCCCCCUGCACCAUGGGAGCGAGGUUGUGAAAGUGGCAUUUUUAUCCCAACGGUUCAAAAAGAAGGGGUUUUUCCUGACUGUCACCAAAGACGGGGUCCUGCAGUUCUGGUCCGAGACUUUCUUAAUGAUGAACUCCUUUCGGCUUGCCCAGCCCCAGCCGGCCUGCCACCAGCAGAUGUGGGUUGUCGACAUGGUAUGUCUGCACAACAUGAACCUCAUCGCGGUUGCCUCGACUGAGCAGAAGAUAGAGUUCUUUGAUGUCAGUAACCACAAAUGUGUCCGGGCCUUCACCUUUGUUGACCUGGAUAGCUGUGUCAUGGCCAUGGACUAUUGGUCCGACUAUCGCAAAGGCGUGUUCUGCUAUGGGGACACCAAGGGCAACGUCGUCAUCUUCGUGUCCGACAAUGUGGCCGGUGGACUCUUCAAUCCACACGUCCUUCCCCGGACCGCCAAAUGGGAUUUCUGGACCAAUGUUUCUUUGCGAAGACUCUUAAAUGAGAAGUCCCCUCUGUAUAGAAGCUUCCGAAUGAAGAAUCUCCACCCCAACUGGUGUCAUCAGGUCAAGUUCAUCCCCCAGCUGAAUGUGGUGGUCUCGUGUUCAGCCAUUGAGAAGUCCUCGCUGGUGCUGAUAAUCCUGCCAGUCAAAGACCCUGAGAAACCCAGGUUAUCAUCACUGAAUUUAAGAAAAGGAAUUCUUUGCUUUGACUACUGCCCGGACAGGAACUUCCUGGCAACUGGUGGCUAUGACCCCCACAUCCGCCUGUGGAACCCCCUGGUCUCAAAAAAGCCUGUGUGGCUGAUGAAGGGACAUCAGACGUCAGUGACUCACCUUCUUGUGAACAGCCAGAACACCAGCAUCCUGAUCAGCGUCUCCAGGGACAAGAACAUUCGUGUGUGGGACCUGCAAGACUAUGUGUGCCUCCAGUCCUUCUGCGGGAAGCUCUUCACCCUGGGCAACUGCCCCAUAACCAGUGCCUACUUCCACAGAGACUGCACCCUCAUCUGUAGCACCUACAACAUCGGGAUCCUCAGAGGGUACUUGGAAUCCCAGGGGCCCAUGAAAACAGGGAAGUUGACGACUCACAGCACAGCCCUGUGUGCGGUCCUCUACAGCAAGAUCUUCAAGCAGGUGGUGAGUGGCUGCCUACGGGGCACAGUGAGUGUGUGGGACAUCACCACAGGCAAGAAGAGGAUGGAGUUCUCUGUGUCUGGCACCCCGCCAAGUGAGCUGACCGCCAUGUCCCUGGAUGAGUCAGAGCGGUGUCUACUCACAGGCUUGCGUGAUGGCAAAAUGCAGAUGUGGAAUUACAACACCGGGGAGUGCCUGAUAACCUUUCCCACCCAGGAACAAUUGGAGAUUAGUGGAAUCGUCCACAUGAACAAAUCGUACUACAUGACAGGGUGGAGUAAGAGAAUCACCAGUUUCACGUUCCAAAAGACCACACUGGAACUCUCCCACUACCACUGGCAUACCUACCAUACAGAGGACAUCCUGAGCAUGGCCAAGUAUCAGAACCAGUUCAUUGGGACUUCUUCCUACAAUGGGGACAUCCUCCUCUGGAAUGUCAGCAUGCUGAAGCCCAUCUUGAAUUUCAAUGCCUCCCAGAGCCCCUUGCCUUUACAGCCGAAGAAGGUGACAGAUGCACAGGAAUGUGUAGCCAGAACCCAAGUCUCCUCAGGUAAAAGUGAGCAGAAGUGGGCACACAAGCCUUCCAGAAACUUAACUAGUUUUUCUGGGAGUCGGAGGUUGAUGUCAGCUCCCCCAGUGAUGAAACGCCGGAGAGACACGGAUCAAGAGAGGCAGCUAUCUGAGCCGGAACCUUUGAGUUCUCACAAACCCAGAUUGUCUAACAAGUCACUCAAUAAACCAUCGUUUCACAAAGAUUCUCAAAAGAAAAAGGAGGAAUUCUGGAGGAAGAUGCUGCUGCAGUCGAGCUUUUCAGUGGAGAAGAUCAUUUUUUUGCAGACCAGGCCUCGCCUGCCACACACAGCUGCUAUGCUGAGCAGCUGCAUUGACGGCUUUAUCUACGCCUGGUCUGUCCAUGGGAAUGGAGGUCUGCUGGGAAAGUUCUCCGUGGACCCUGAAGAGGAUGAGAAUGUUCUUGUGGGUGCCAUGGCCACCGAUGAAAACGACUGGAUCCUCAUCACAGGGGAUAGUAAAGGAAAGAUCAAGGUCUGGGACAUCAAGGAUUACUGCUUCUAUGUUGGCCAGAGACUCCAAUCCAGUGGGAUCAAGAUCUCCACUGAAACAAAGAAUAAGUUCCGGUUCUUAAUUCCUAAACAACUCCAGGCCUGCUCCCUGAACUACAUCCCCCAGAAGGAGACGGAGGUUGUGGAAGGCCAGACCAUUUCUCUGGUUCCCCCACCACUUCUGGUCACCUGGAAUAGCCACACGGAGGGCGUGUCGGAUGUCCUGUAUGUGGACACCUUCCAGGUGGUUGUUAGUGCUGGUGCGGACCGGGACGUCAAGGCUUGGAAACUUUCUGGUGAUAACAUAGGAACAUUUGGCCUGAAUCUUUGGAAUAAACUGCAGGAGGCCUCGAUGGUUGACGAUCAGGAGCAGGAAGAGGCCAUAGAGGAGAAGCCUGACUUGACCGACACCACCCUCAAGAGAUCCUUCAUUGAGCUGCACAAGGAACUGGCUGAAGCUCUGUUGUACCAGCGGCAUGAGCAGGCAGCGCUGAUGGCGUUUCUGCAUGGGAAAGCGGAGAAGGAAGUUGAGGCGCGGGCCAGGCUCCAUCAGAUGUCCCUCACAUCCCCAUGGAUCAAACAGAAUUCCGUGGAAGACAUCGAGGAGAGCUGGAACCAAUGGGCCAAGAACAAGCAGGCAAGCAAAAUCGUGGGAGCAGCUUACAAGCCCAAGGUACACGUGCGGAACCCCAAACUCCUGUCCACCAGAGUGCAGUAUGGCUGGAUGAAGCAGCAGAUCUCCCCUCAGAUCUACCAAAGCCUGUGUUUCACCGACCUUACGCCAAUCCAACACCCUGACUUCUUGAUGCAUAAGGUCCUGGACCAGCAAGGCCGGCACAUCCGCUGGGUGGCCAGCGAUAUCCGGAGAGAGCUGGAGUCUAUCCGGUGUCAGAUCUUCACGGACGUGGCAGCCAGCAGCACACCUAUUGCCUCGCCUUCCUCCCUUUCCCUGGGAGCCUCGGCCUCCAGGGUUCUGGAAUCCACCUGGUCUACCUCCCUGAGGCCCCAUUCCUCAGUCUCCUUGCUGAGGCCCUGGUCAGCCUCUCCAGCACAGUCUAGCUCUUCUACGUCCCCCCAGACCUUGAGUCAGCCCCGCAGAAGUCAGAAAGCAUCAUGCCAGCUGCUCCCUGCCUCGUGCAGCAUCCGAAGCUCUGGGGAGCCGCCCUCGUGUUCUCUGUGA